AUGGCUCCCUCAGCAUUUUUCGGCCGUAGCAAAAACCGUACCGGACUCAUAUUCAUGGCCUCAUUUUUCUGUCUCAUGACGACAAUUAUUGUCCUUUCAAGAGUCUACGCGAGGCGACUGACUAGAGUCGGCCUUGGCGUCGACGACUGGCUAGCGCUGGUUGCAUUGCCUUUCGUCCUUGGACUAAAUGGGAUAUUUAUCGCCGGCGCCGUCGAGGGCGCCAUCACAGGCCAUUCACUUAUUAAUAGUGAUAACAAGUCUAUAACUUCGGACCUCGAGCACACGGCGCAGAAAUACAAGUAUGCCUUCCAGAUAACGGAGAAGCUCGCCUUUGGGUUAAUUAAGCUAUCACUUAUAUUUCUCUGGAAGCGGCUAUUUGGACCAGCGAAAUACUUUACCAGAAUCUGUUGGUUUAUGAUCGCCGUUACGAGCGGCUGGUCUUUGUCGUUUUUCUUUGCGACUAUUUUUGAGUGCGGUACCAAUUGGACAUGGAAUUGGGCACCUAUAGCCAUCUUCCUAAACCAGUGCGCCGGCACUCCAAUCAUGCUUUCCGUUUUCACUGGGAUGGAUCUCUUGACAGAUCUCAUCAUUAUGUUUAUGCCGGUCCCCCUUAUUUGGGGGCUUCGCAUGCCGAUUAAGAAGAAAAUGGGCGUAACGAGUAUACUUGUACUGGGACUAUUUACUAUUGGUACCGGUGCGGCUCGGAUGUACUUUUACAUCAUAUCCGCUUAUGAUGUGGAUGACAACCCAGACUUUCUUUCAAAUUUUACUCUAUUCAUUCUUUGGUCGGACAUCGAAGCUAAUGUCGCCAUAGUUAUAUGUUACAUGCCAACAUUAACUCCUGUCCUAAGAAGUUAUUAUAAUGGUCUCGCCUAUUAG